AUGGCCACCAGACUCUUGCCCACCACUUUACGCCGUGCUGUUACUCAUCGGCAAUCCCUUUUGGCAGCAGCCAAACCCGCUUUUCGCGCCACCAGCCGACGUGCAUUCACCGUGAGUGCCACCACCCGCAUGCAAGCCAACAUCAAGGAGGCUGAUCCCAACUACAAAUCCGGCAACGAUGCACUUCACGAGUAUGGCCAAUAUCUCAUCUCGGCUAUGCCCAAGUAUAUCCAACAAUUCAGUGUCUACAAGGAUGAAUUGACCGUCUAUGUUGCUCCUUCAGCUCUUGAGCCUGUGAUGAUCUUUUUGCGUGAUCAUACCAACUGUCAGUUCAAGUCUGUGCAGGAUAUCACUGGUGUCGACUAUCCCUCGCGCGAGCAUCGUUUCGAAGUCGUCUACAAUAUGCUCAGCAUGCGCUACAAUGCUCGUAUCCGUGUCAAGACUUAUGCCAGCGAAACCUCCCCUGUUCCUUCCAUGGUCCCCCACUUUAGCGUCGCUAACUGGCAAGAACGUGAAGUCUAUGACAUGUUUGGCGUCUUUUUCGUUGGCCAUCCCGAUCUUCGUCGUAUCUUGACCGAUUAUGGUUUCGAAGGCUACCCAUUGCGUAAGGAUUUCCCUCUCACUGGUUAUGUCGAGUUACGCUACGAUGAAGAAAAGAAGCGUGUUGUACAAGAACCUCUCGAAUUGGCUCAAGCCUUCAGAAACUUUGAAGGUGCUUUGUCACCUUGGGAAGCUAACGGUCCUGGUCGUGAUGAUACUCCACCCAGCCAAAAGAUCGAGGAAGGUUCUGACAAGGACAAUGAAAAGAAAUAG